AACGCCUGAGUGAAGAGGUGGGCGUGUUCAUCGCCAGUAUUUAAGAAGGAAUCUUUCAAUCACGUUAUCCACUUCGCAUAUUUCGUCUGUUCUGACCUUAUAAAAACCAGCCAAAAUGUCUGAUAAGCCAGAUCUGUCAGAGGUAAAGGAGUUUGACCCAAAGAAACUUCGGAAAACUAACACAGAGGAGAAGAACACCCUACCCUCGAAGGAAACUAUUGAGCAAGAAAAAAAAGCAUGUAAGAAAUCAUGAAGAUGCUUCAUGUCGACAUGUCAAGCUUCCAUGGUCUUAUGAUCUGUUUCACUGGAUGUAGGGCAAGCAUGGCCCAAACACUUUUGCCACUUAAUUUGCAGAAUAAACUGUAAAAAAUAAAAUAAAAAAA